GAAUCCAAACCAGGCCCACCUGUGGCACCUUCACCCUUCAGUGGGAGUAAGAAGCCGGACGCGUCACUUAAAACCAUUCCUCUUACGCUGUCGCCCUCAAUCUUACAGGGAUUCCGUCCAUGGCUGCCACCAAAACUUGGAUUUAUGGUGAACAUUUCAGGCCAGAAAAGUUAAGAGAAUGGCCGGAGCCCGAGUCCGUUUCUUUAAUGGAGGUAUUAGCUAGAGAAGACAUUGAUGAAGCAGUACGUGCAAUAUUAUUUAGAGAAAAUUCUGUUGUGAAGGUUACAGUCCCACCAUUUGUUGAUCCUCUGUUUCAAAGACAGCAAGAGGUGGAUGAAGAGAAGAGAACUGGUCUUCAAUGUGAGACAGGAAAACGACAUUCCAUCAAAGAAUUGAAGGAAAUAGAGAAGGCCAGGCUGCAUGCCAGCUCACCCUACUUCACUUUCACUUCACACCGUGUGAUUCCAAAAGAGUGGCAUAAAGCCUCCGCAAGAGCCAGGAGUAAAACUUACAAAUACAGUCCUGAAAAGCUCAUCUGUGCAGACAAGGAACAGAAAAGAAAAGAGAAAAAGACCACCGACCUAAGUCAGGCUGCGUUUGAAAGGCAGUUCCUUUCCUCAAAACUCAGCCAGAAGAACAAAGUGGGUGAAAGGAAGGGUCUGGUAAGCAGAGGCCUGGGGCGGGGCUGGCAUGCAGGGCUCAAGCAGCACCUACUGGUUCCAGAAUGA